AUGGCAGGCACCGUGUUAGCUGUGGGGACAGGGGUCGUGGUCAUCUCAGUCGUGUGGAUAGCAGCGCUUGUGAUCGGUAUAAUGCUGCUGAGAGCUUCGGGAGCUGCCAGGUUGGGAGUUAUUCCACUGUUUCUGCUGGCUCUCACCAUCACCCUGGCACUGAUAUUCUUCCCCCGCAGCCCGGAGACCCCUCCCCCUUUCAAAGAGAUUGAGAUAGUGGACGGUCUGUUGAUCGGGCGCCUGGUGCUGCUGGCUGUGGCUGCUGCCGUCUUUCUGUGUGGGCUGUUCGCACUCGUCCCCCUGCACCUCCUGGAGCCCGUCUACGCCAAAGAGCUCCGCACACACUAG